GUACAAUCAUUAACGAAAAAGCCACAAAGUAAAGUAAUAACUGCGCAGAAUUUUAAUGAAGAAAAUUAAUAUUUCUUGUUUUCAAUGAAAAAGCUUUGUUAUAUUUGGAUAUAGAACUUAUUGUGUGUUUGCAAAAAUUAAAAAAGGAACUUCAAAACCAAUAAAACGUGUAUAAAAACUUUUCUAAUAAACUAAUCAACAAAUGUGCACUAAACGUCCUUGAAGAAUCCCCAUUUUUUUUUCGACAAAUUUAGAGAUAAAACUACAUAAAAGAAAAACGAGAUAAAGUCACGACUUUCAAGUAAUACGAUAAACAACAACAACGUUUGUUUGAUAUUAACGUUUCAUUAACUUUUUGAAGGGGAAUCAAAUAUCUGAUAAAAAAAACAAACACCUGAACAGUUAAACUUUUGUUCUUCGUUUAUAAUUUAUAUUGCAAUUGCCUGCGCAUUGCUUACAUCAUCCGUUGACCUAAAAUAUUACUUAUUGUUUCAACCAAUGUUUACAGUGAUUAAAUACAACAAUGUUUUCGCUAAAAAAAACGGAAUGAAAAUGGUCGAAUCCUUCUACUAUCGGAACCCGCUAAUUUUUUUACGUGGGACCGCUAUAAAUAAUAGAGCUAAUCAGAGAGUACACCAACAACAAUCGAUUAAUUUACAAAAUGCCUUCUGGUUCGUCACCCGAUAUAUAAAUAAAGGAGAUAUUUUUGAAAGCGGUAAAAACAUAGUUGAGUUUAAAUUCAAUUUACACAAUAACAACAAAGAUAGAAAGAGCAUUUCCUUAAAAUACAAAGCAUUCGCUCAACGUACUUUCCAUAGAUUUUUAUACAAAGCCAGAACUGAUAACGUUUUUCACAGAGAACGCGAUUUACCUGCAAUAUCAACUGUUUGAUUUACCUGUACAACAUGCAGCAACAAAAACAGCAACCAAACUUUUAUACCUGCCCAUUAAAGCCAACAACAACAACUGCUCAAUACUAUCAUCGUAUAAUAAAUAGUCCAUUCAACUAUCAACGGAAACAUCAUCAAGGCGGAAAAGACAUUAUGUCUUCGGUAGCGGAUGGUAUGGGUUCAGACCCUAUGGAAGCUGCAGCCGUAGUGGUUAAUAGUAUUAUUUAUGCCAAACCAUCAUAUUGCAGUAUCGUUGUAGACAUUAGUGGAUCUUCGGCGUCAAAUAAGUCGAUAGGAGUUAACUGCCAACAAAUGUUAGGUCCAAAUAAAAGCAAAUUUUGGUCGUUAAACGAGCGAGAUCAAGACGCCGAAUUGUAUAUGAUGUCUACAACCAUGAAUGGUGCUAUACAACAUAAAAUUUCAGAGUUCUGCGGCAAUCUAUUGUCUAUGGGUUUAUUUGACGCCAUCGAAAGCGAGGAUGAAUCCGAAGACGGCAGCGAAGAGAGCGACUGUUGUGACGAUUUUAUUGAUGCUGAUGAUGAUGACAGUUUAAUAGAAUUUGUAUAUGAUGAUGAAAAUGACAAUGAACCAGAAAGCGAUUUUAAGGCAAAGGAUAAAGCCAAAGAUGAAAGUAGUGGCGACGAUGAAUGCGACGGCAGUAAUGGCGCUUCAGUUGUAUUUGAUAGUGGUUUGGAUGAAGUUGACUUUAUAGACAAAAGCAGCAGUUUAGAAAGUCUAAAGCAAAGUGUGUCUAGUAGUGACAAGCCCAAAAAGGUCCGUUUCGAUACUAAACCUAUUGUUCACGUGAUGCACGCCUGGGAUUAUGCUUAUCGAGCGGCGCGCAAGAGCGAAUGGCAAAUCAUUUUGCAAGACCGCGCUCACUUUAAGUCACGCAUACAACGUGUAGCCAAUGAGUUGAACCCUAUCUUAAGUAUUGAACACCGUCAAAAAAUUUAUGAAACACGUUUUGCAAAUCUGUAUAAAGAAGAAUCGUUAUCGCCUAUCAGUAAAUCCAUAAAACAACAAACAGAAUGUUGCGAUAGAAAUAGUAAAAAAAAUAGUCGGCAAAAGUUUUACAAAAAACCCAAGGAGUUACUGCGUCCGCUGGUAAAAUGUAAAUCACGCAAAAAACUAAAAAUAUUAAUAGAUUAUUUUUAUAUAUUUUAAAGUUUGUCAAUAACUGAUUUGUUUUUUUUUUUACUUAAGUGUAAGUAAACUAAGGCUGGUUAAAAAGUUUGUUUUGUUUCCACGUUUAUAGAGAAGAGAUUUUUUUAUUUUAUUAAAGUGAGUAUAGUUGGCCUUGUCAUAAUCGUUUAAAUAAAUAUUAAGUUUAUAUUUCAUAGCAAAGA